CCUGGCGGGAGAGCGGCUGAGGCGCCCCAGGCUCGCCCAGCGUCCAGUGCCCUCGGACGGGCCGGAGCGAAGGGCCCUGCAGCCCGCGCCUGCCCCCUGCCCGGAGUUGCCUCCGUGAGCCUCGGGGAGCGCGGAGAUGCCCGCUGGGAAUCCGCGGUGUCAACCCCCCGCCCCCGCAUUGGGUCUUUCCCAGCAGCAGAAGAAUCGCCCGCGGACGCGAGUGAAAACCAAGACCUGCCUCGAGUGGGACGAGCCGAGACCCGCAGAGCGAGGUGGUGGCAGGAGGCAGCCCCGCGGGAAAGGCCCGGCGCCGAGGCGGGGGGGAGGGGUCUGCCUGUAACUGGUGACCCGCCACCAAGCAAGAAGCAGCGCGGAAAAUGAGUGGUGGAUUGGCACCAAGUAAAAGCACAGUGUACGUGUCCAACUUGCCCUUUGCUCUGACCAACAAUGACUUAUACAGGAUUUUUUCCAAAUAUGGCAAAGUUGUCAAAGUUACUAUUAUGAAGGACAAAGACACCAGGAAGAGUAAAGGAGUUGCCUUCAUUUUGUUUUUGGAUAAAGAGUCUGCCCAAAACUGUUCUCGGGCACUUAAUAACAAACAAUUAUUUGGAAGAGUGAUAAAAGCAAGUAUUGCCAUCGACAAUGGAAGAGCAGCAGAAUUCAUCCGCAGGCGAAACUACUUUGAUAAAUCUAAAUGUUAUGAAUGUGGAGAGGCAGGACACUUAAGUUAUGCUUGUCCAAAAAAUAUGCUAGGAGAGCGUGAACCGCCAAAAAAGAAAGAAAAGAAGAAAAGAAAGAAAGUUGUUGAACCAGAAGAAAUUGAAGAAGAGGAGGAAAGUGAAGAUGAAGGAGAAGACCCUUCUCUUGAUAGCCUUAGCCAGGCCAUCGCUUUCCAGCAAGCCAAAAUUGAAGAAGAACAGCAGAGAUGGAAACAGCCUACAGGGGAACCUUCAACAUCGGAUGAUUCAAAACGUCCACGGAUAAAAAAGAGUGCAUAUUUCAGUGAUGAGGAGGAACUUAGUGAUUGAUACAUGGAUCUAUUAAUUGGGGUGUAUAUAUAUCUAUAUAGUGUACAUUUGUAAAGCUGCCUGUAGUACAGAUUUCUUUUGGAACUAGAGAGAACUGUUGUUUGAACUUCCUCUUACAGAUUUUUCUAUAAAAAUCACUGCAUUUCAGGAUUCUGGUUGUUUCUAAUACAAUUUCUGACCUCGCUUUUUAAAAGAAAACUGUUAUUAUAUCUGAAUUUUUAAUCAAGAGAAAUAUGUACCCAAGGUGAAGUCUAGCUCAUUCUACUCAGUCUUUAUUGCGACCAUGAAAUUCACCCACCUAGAGGCACCAUGUAUACAUUUUAUAAUACCAUUGCUUGUUCCAAAAUGAAUGUAAGUGAACUGUAGACCUUGUUCUAGUCCAGGGGUCAGCAACCCCCGGCACAUAUGCCAAGCGUGACACGUGAGGCCAUUUUGCUCAGCAUGCCACCACCAGCCUGGGUUCUAGGCAGCUGCUGCCAGCUGCGAAGCCCAGGCUGCUCCCGGCAGGCAGCUGGGCACCUACAAGCCCUGCUGCAAGCAGACCGUGGUUGCCAGCAGCUAUCCAAAGCCUGGGCUGGUUGCAGCCAGGAGGCUGCAAGUAUCUGCUCCGGGCUCUGGCAUUAGCUCCACACCGGUGGAUGCACACGUGCCUCGGAGCGGACGGUGGGGGAGCGGCCUGAGGCAGUGCAACCCUGGCCUCUUCCCUGCUGCCGGCACAGAGCUGAUGACUGGGCUCUGGAGCCCGGCGCAGCUGUUUGUAGCCAGACUGUGCUCUGGGCAGCCGCAGCAGGCAGUGGGAAGGCUGCAAACAGCUGCGCCAGGCUCCACAGGCCCGGCAUCAGCUCCCUGCUCGCAGCGACUGCAUGUGCACCUCAGAGUGGACAGCGGGAGGGCUGUGCUGCCUCAGGCCCUAUCCCCACCAUCCACUCCGAGGCGCACGUGCACCUGCCGGUAUGGAGCUGAUGCCGGAGCAGCUGUUUGCAGCCUACUGGCUGCAGCCAUCCGAGGCUCUGGUAGCUGCUGCCAACCAUGGAGCCCAGACUGCUUUCAGCAGGGCUUGCAGCUGAGCUUACCUGACUCCCACCCAGCCCAGCCCAGCCCCCCUGAGAAUGAGGAUGGCGCUGGCCUCUUGCCAGGAGCACUGCACCUUUUGUGAGCUUAGCUGUGCAGGGUGGGUGGGUGAUUGGACUGAUGGGCAGGCUCCAGACCGGGGCCUCAGCCAGCUGCGCUGCAACCCAGGGGCUGGCUUCCCAGGGAAGCCCAGGGGCUCUGGCGGGACCAGAGCAUUGUUGGGUCAGACUUUAUCCAGUGGCCCAGGAGCCUAGCUCCAUGUGCCCGCACAUCUGGUUCUGUGUGUUUGUCUGCCUCUGUCUGGUUCUGUGUCUGUGUGCACACAUGUCUGGUUCUGGAUGUUUGUGUGCAUGUGUCUGUUCUGGGUGUGUUCUGGUUCUCUGUGUUUGUGCAUGUGGUUCUCUGUGUGCGUGUGCCUGGUUCUUUCUCUGCUCUCUUUUUUCUUUCUCUUUCUGUCUCUCUCCUCUUUCUCUUGUCUCUUUUUUCCCCUCUUUGUCAUUGCAACAUGCUCAACAAAAAAGGAAUAUGCAAGAAAAAAGGCAACAUUUAUGAUCAUUAAAUAUACUACUAAUAUGCAGUGUAUCCUGCCAUGUAAUCCCCCGCCCCUUUUGUUUUUCUGGCAUGCCGGCACUCUGGCACCUUCCGACGUACACAUUGUAGUUUUUUUGGUACUCCAGCCAAAAAACGUUGCCUACCCCUAAUCUAGUCCCUUUGCACAGGGUGAAUUGCACCCUUAGUUACCAUUAUUUUGAAGUGUAGGCCAGGGUUUCUCAAUCCCUAGGCUGCGGCCCAGUGCUGGGCCAUGGCAGGUCAGCUGCUGGUCCUCAGCACGGUCAGCUGCCAGACUGGAAGUGGCCAUGGACUGGCAAACCAAAGUCAAACCAGAGAGAGGCCACGGCUUCUUUCGCAGGGCCCGCAGCAGCGCAGGGGCUGGCCCACCCCCUGCCCAAGGGUGGGGAGGAGAAUAUCCUUACCUGUCUUCUGCCCAGAAAUUCCAGCUGUGUAGUCAGCUGUGACUGCUGGGCUGCAGUUUGCUGGGCCACAGCACAAAAACUUUGGGAACCCCUGGUAUAGGCUAUUAUAAUCCAAUAAUUGAAAUUACAGAAUCAUAAUUGCCAAAGAAGGUGGGAUAGCUUCAGUCAGUAAUUAUGAAGUAAAAGAAAGCAACUCUACUGUUUAUUUCUUUGAAGAGGAAUAUUUAAAUGGCUUUACUGAGUUCUCACUCUGUGUGUGUACAGUUUUAAUAAUUUAAAUGUAAUGUUGAAAAUACAGCCUUUUUAGGACUUUCAAGUUAAUUGUGAUCUGGUAAUGUAUCAUUUUACUAAAAACUCUCCAGGUGUGUUUAAAAGAUCAGUGACGAUUGUAGUGAUAUUACAUUAAAGAUGAGAAUACAUCUCUUUAA